UUUACUUAUAUUGCACUCAAUUAUGGAAAAUAUAAAAAGCGCCAGCAUGCGUACCUUAAAGGAGAAAUUAAAUGCAUGCCAUUUAUUAUUAAAUGAUGGGUGUGCGUAUAAAGAAAUCAACACCAAUUGGCUAAAUAAGUUUUGUGCAAAAUUUUUCGAUCUUACUAAUGCUUUGCACGAUUAUAUGGGACAUAAUUUGGAAGAGCACGUGGAAAUGAUCAGUUUAUGUCUGACUCAGGUUGUGGUCUGUAUAAGAUAUUUGGAGUGCACUUUCAAGGCUGAAACUGCAAAUGGGACAGUUAUUCCGGCAAGUCGCCAACAUUUCCUCGAUCGCAUGCGAUGGUGCCUAGAACGCCUGCGAAGUCUUCACCCAUCAGAAGAGCAGUCUUUCUUAAAAAUAAUGGACUCCACCUUAGAUAUCCUGACGACAUUUAACAGCGAUAUUAAUGAGACUGAGGGCGAGGAAAAGGACUUGCUGUCAAUAAGCAAACAAAUACGAGGCAAUGUAGAUUUGAUUUUAAGUCACAUUUUGGCCUUUGCCAAUGUUGCCUUGCAGCAGGAUAAGAAAGCUUUGAGUGCUCUCUGUCAAAAGGUUCUACGCGAGUGUGCCGCUUUUCAAUCCGAGUGCGAGAUUAAAAAAAGUAACCGAUCUAAUAGAAACCUACGAGCCACAUCGCUGGAGCACGCACUCUGUCAACUGGAGGACUAUAUCAAUGAAGCAUUGCUGCGCUUGGUGUUCACUUGCUUUCUAGAUUUUGAUAAAUUUUCAAUUGAGAAAAUGCGCAACGUUUUUCGAAAAAUGUCGUCAGAUGAUUCAAUAGCAGAUGAAAUUAUAGCAGAUUUUGAUGUGAAUGUGGAUCGCACAACUCAAAUAGGAAUAUUUGCUAUAGCGUUUUCGCCAAACUUAAAGAUGAGAACCAAAUUCCGCAGCUGUUUGGCGUCAUUUGAAUCAUUAGAUACGAGCUUGGUCCCUGCUCUGCAGACUACAGGGUCGGAAUUACAUUCGGAGUUGUUGGAGCAACAUUUCAACGAAGAAGUAAGAAAAUUUAAAACUGCUUUGCAGGAGAUCAUCGAUAGUCGCGCUUUUGUCAGCUGCUAUUUGGAAAUGCUAACCGUCGGGAUUAUUGCCUCAGAGAAACAGUUUAAUAAAUCGCAGUUGCAGGACUUGGCACAAAUGAGCUGUGCUUUGAUCGAGCAUUUCCAGUUGCCUAUAAAUCAAAAGAUAUUACUUAAAAGUAAACAGGGCGAUUACUUUCAGCAGUAUCUGCAAAUGGUACGUGAGUGUAAGGCAAUUCUAAUGUGUGCUGCUCAAGUAGAACCACAGCGGAUUAUUAAGCGGUUUAAAAUAUUACGCACUGUACUCCGUAAACUACACGACGGCAUUGCAACGGACCAUCUUGAAAAUACCUUUCAUACAACUGCAGGAGCAAGUAGGGACAAUUUGAGCGUUAACGUAGGCAUGCUGGAGUUUAUGGGCACGAUUCCGUCCACCAGCAGCAUUCUAUACGACAACAGUCAACGCAGAAAACGAGUUCAAAGACCAAUGAUUGGAAUCAGAAAUACAUCAACACUCAAUAACCUUCAUGGUAAUGCAGCCCAACUAAAUAUCACUAAAACCAAUAAUCAUGGCAGUGUGCGUCGACGAGAAAGCCUUCGUACUGUCUUGUUUAAGCGCCAGAACAUGACUGAAAAUCCGAAACUUUACAAUAGCAUUUGUAAUGAAUCAGCCAGCUUGCAAAUUAGUGACAUACUCGACCAGCUAACCCAUUUGUCAUCUGGCUUAUCAGUUAUUGAACCCAGAACUUAAAAACAUUAUUUUUACCAGAUAGAUAUAACUUUAAAGUCAAAUAUUGUAUAUAAAAAAGAGAGCAGAUUCAAAAAAUUCAA